AUGUGGUUUCCUGUUAAGGUGAUCCUUUUAGUGGCAUUUAGUGUGGAAAGUGUUUUCUGUGCAUGUAACUCCGGAUCGCCGUACCGUACGUUCGAUGGAAGCUGUAACAAUCUGCAAAAUCCAACCUGGGGAAUGGCCAACACCCCUUACGGUAGGCUACUGAUGGCCGAUUAUGGAGACGGCAUUUCUACGCCCCGUAGAUCACGUACGGGAGUUGAACUACCAAGCGCCCGUGUGUUAUCGUUGAGGAUGUUUAAUGAGCAGAAUAUUGUUGAUCCAAGAACGACUCUAGUAAACAUGCAGUUCGGCCAAAUCGUUGCGCACGAUAUGGGACUACGUGCUGGAGGUUCCGAUUCAGUGGCAUGCUGUCAAAAUGGGAGGGUGGUUUCACGACCCGAUCGAAGAUGCUACUCCAUUGUGGUACCACCAAACGAUCCCGUUCUAGCGGCCGGUGGAAUACAGUGUUUGGAUUUAGUCAGAACCCUGAAUACAUGUGAUGCGAACGGAGGUAACUGUGGAGGCAAACAAGCACAACAACUCAAUGCUGCCACCUCAUUUCUGGAUUUGUCCCUCGUUUACGGAAACAGUGAGCAACAGAACUCGCAGCUACGCUCAUUCGUCGGUGGACGAAUGAAGGUCGAGAACCGUAAUGGAACCGAAUGGCCACCGAGAAAUCCGCAGUCUAACAGCGCUUGCACCCUUAACUUGGCUACGGACACCUGCUAUCUGACCGGUGAUGAACGAAGUAAUAUCACUCCUGAGCUAACGAUUCUUCAUAUCGUCUUCUUACGAGAGCACAACAGGAUUGCACAGCAGCUUUGUAAACUGCGUCCACUAUGGAAUGACGAGAAAGUUUUCCAAGAGGCUCGGCGUAUCAACAUUGCGCAGUAUCAACACAUCGUUUACUAUGAAUGGUUGCCACACUUCCUCGGUCCGGAUCAGAUGGUUCAGCGGGGAUUACUGGUCAGAUCACGUGACUAUGUAAACGAUUACAGCUCGACCGUCAACCCAACCACCCUGAACUCCCAUGCUAACGGUGCAUUCCGCUACUUCCAUUCCGCCAUACUGGGAAGCCUAAGUCUUGCCCAGGAGUCCCGAACAUUCGCUGGUUCAUUGAACAUCAAUGAUCAUAUGUUUAAUCCGACUGUUUUGGAACGUAAUGAUGGAUACUCGAUGCUAACUCGGGGUAUGACAAGCCAACCGAUGGGACGGAACGACUUGAGCUUCGAUCCAGAGAUUAGACACUUCCUGUUCCGAUUCCGCGACCGUUUCGGGUCCGAUCUGAAGGCUUUGGAUAUUCAGCGCAGCCGGGACCACGGUAUUGCAGGCUUCAAUGCCUUCCGGCAGUACUGCGGCCUAGGACGUGCCAAUCGAUGGGAAGAUUUUACGGAGCUGCGUGGACCUAUGGAUAUUCAACUUCUCAACUCCUUGUAUCGAACCGUCGACGACGUAGACCUUCCCGUUGCCGAGUUUUUCGAACGCCAUCUCCCCGGUACUCAGGCUGGUCCUACCUAUCACUGUAUCUUGAUGGAACAGUUCAUGCGAACAAGGCGGGGUGAUCGGUUCUUCUUCGAAAAUGGAAACACACCGGGAGCAUUCACACCUUCGCAGCUCAAUGAGAUCCGCAAAGCCAGUAUAGGUCGUCUACUGUGCGACAAUAGUCCAGGAGUUUUCCAAAUGCAACCUCGUGCGUUCCAACAAAUAAUGGAUGUCAACCCUCUGGUAUCGUGCCGAACCCUUCCAGCAUUAGAUGUGCGUUUUUGGUAA